UUAGUCUAAAUCCGAAAGAGCUGAAAAGUGUUUCUCGGGAGCAAAAUCGAAAAGGAAAAGGAAGAAGAAAAAGAUAUGCCGAUUCAUUACACCGCCGAAGACGUGGCCAAGCACAAUCACGAGAAGGAUCUGUGGAUCAUUAUUCACAAUGGCAUCUACGACGUGACAAAUUUUUUGAAGGAACACCCCGGGGGCGAGGAAGUCCUGCGAAAUCUUGCGGGUGCAGACGGGACCGAAUGUUUCGAGGCGAUUGGUCAUUCACCGGAGGCGGUGCAGCUUCGUGAAAUGUAUAAAAUCGGCGACCUCGGGGAUUCCGAGUCGGAUAAGCCGGAGCGAGGAUCUACGGAAAAAGCCGCGGUGACCGCGGCCAAGGCUAACGUCACCGACGACGAACCUUGGGACUACGUCGAGCACAAAGAAGAGUCUUCGCCCUGGAUUCUAGUAUUUAUAGGUCUGGCUGUCCUCGUCUAUGCGAUUAUCUUCUACUACGUGUUUUGAGAUCUCAUCUUGUUCUGCGAGAACCUCGAGCUACUUAGACGUACUCGAAUUGUACAGGGUGUCGCAAUUCGAAAGACGCGUUACAUUUUCGGCCCACCUAAUGGUUCGAUUGGAAAAUGUGUCAUAGAAAAGUUGUUGCAUGAUUCAGAGGGUGACACGUGUGAAGAAUUUUUUUCACGCGAUCCAGCGUCACGACUUUUGGACGCUGUUGAGUAUCGACCAGUUUGUCGAAAUGGAAUCAUGACACGAGACACGAGGAGGUUGAUUCAAGAUAAUUGCCCUUGUAAUAGCUCUGCACGCAUUAGUGAUUCCAUUCGUCAUAACUUAACCUCCCCGUGUCAUGCAGAAUUUGAUUUUUUGUUGUAACUCGCGAACUCUUCACUUUAUAAAAAAAAAAAUUCCUGAGAAGGUUGUACAUUUUUGAACAAAGAUUAUUUGAGUGGAAACAAAAAUGUAUGAUUCAAUUUUUAAAAAAACCGGUCCGUCCUCCGCAGCAUCACCAGUUAUGAUGCUGGACCGCAUGGAAAAAAUUCUUCACUGAAUCGUACAACUUUCGUAGAACACACUUUUCAAUUGAAAAAUUAGAUCUGCUGAAAACGUAAUGCGUCUUGUAAAUUGGAACACCCUGUACACUUGAUUCGCAAGUGACUUUUAAAUUGCUUUGGUCAUUCUAGUUUGUAGCAAUUUUUCUUACCCAAAGAUUUUUCUGAAAAAAAAAACCCAGGUUUGUCACGUCACGUUAUAUAUGACGUCAACUGCCGUAGGCGAUAACGAUAAUUUGAUAAUUGUGAAGCUCAUCGCCGACAUAUAUAUAAUAUACAAUAAUGAGUGAAACGGUAACUCGAAAAAAAUAUUGACACCAAAGUGAUAUGAGUUAUUGAGCUAUUCGUAUAAUACCGUAUUUCACAAUCCCAUGUAAAUAAGAAGAUUCGAAAUGUCGAAUAAAAAUCAAAUUCUUGAGACGCAA